CUUUAUGAACAUCACACCCAGGGAUUGUCCCCAAAAGUUGUUAUCUAAAUUUCCCAGCGGGUCUGGAAAACCUGACUUGCGUAGGCCGGCCGGAAACUGUACGCCUCACCACGCUGGUCCACCAGGGGGCGCCAGGCAAGCGGUGACCAGAGCUGUUCAGUGAACAGAGCUACACGGUGACCAGAGCCGCGCGGUGACCAGAGCUGCGCAAUGGCUGCUGCCCGGUUGCUGCUGCGUCUUGCCGGGCGCCUGGAGUCAGUGAGCUUCACACAGAGCGUGUGUGGCCUCCUGGGCGCCGGGCAGGGACCCGGGCCGUGGCACACGCAUUGCAGCUUGGAGCGAGGACAACUUGUCCUCUCUAGCAAUCCAUUUCCCGGCGCUUCGGAGAGGCUUCCAAUCCAGAGACCGCUUUUCUGCCCUUUUGCGGCUCUGGACCAGCAGCCUGAGAUCUACAGGACAGAGCCGCUCACAAAUCGAGGUGUGGACCUGGGUGUAGCAGUCAUUCUUCAGUCCAGUGACCAGACUGUAUUGUUGACCCGAAGGCCAUGCACUCUCCGUAUUUCCCCUAACCUGUGGGUCCCUCCAGGUGGGCACAUGGAACAUGAUGAGGAGACACUGGAGUGUGGGCUCCGAGAGCUCAGGGAAGAGUGUGGACUACAGCUGCCCCAGAACCAGUUUUCUUGUGUCCUUCUGGGGUUAUGGGAGUCUGCCUACCCUCCUAGGCUGAGCUGGGGUUUCCCCAAGUACCACCACCUCAUUCUCUAUGUGCUCGUGAUCGCCCAGGAGUCACAGGAGCAGCUGCAGGCCAGGAUCCAAAUAAACCCAAAGGAGGUGAGUGCUUUUAUGUGGCUGCGACCAGAUGUAGCAGCGGCCGUGGCUGCCACAGAGGAUGGGACAAAGACACCCAGACUUCUCUCCCAGGACCUACCACUCUCUGUCUGUGCAACCGAACUGAGGAACGGUGGAGGAUACCAACCUCUGCUCCUGCCCAUGGCCACACUCAUGCGGACAACCCCAACCACAGCGGAGGAGGACAAAGAAAGGAUCGGCGCUGGAACCAAGUUUGCCCUCCAGCUCUGGCUGCAAUAUCUGGGCAGGUGCGAGUAGCACAGCCUUGGUACAGGAUGGUCCGGUGCUCUUAGGGACAUCAGAGGGAGAGCAGCUGCUCUUGGCUGUGUUUGUGUGAAUGCCCCCCCCCCCAGGUAAAAGUGAAGCUCACGUGGACCCCAGACCACAAUGGCAGCCUGGCAACCCGAGACUGAGUCCAAUACCUGGGAUCGCCUUCAAGAUGGAAGGAGCGGUCCCACUCUGUAAAGUUGUCCUCUGACUUCCACAUGCAAAACCGUGGCGCACAUAC